AUGACGGAACAAGAUGCAUUCGCAGAGCGCAUAAUAGAGACGUACGAUGCCAUCGUCCUGCACCCCGGAAACAAGGGCUACAGCUGUGACAUAUUUCGCAAACAUGUCCGGUUCGGCUCUGCGGCUGCUGGCCCUCCUGCCCGCGUCACUUACUUCGCAACGGUAGCUCCUGAGAUGUGCAAUGGCUUCGGCAACUUACAUGGCGGAUGUGCCACAACAUUGAUCGAUAAUGCUUCUUCGACCCUCCUGCUCGCUAUGGGCGGGUAUUUCUCCUUGGGCGGAGUCAGUCGGUCGUUGAACAUGACCUUCCUUCGUCCUGUGCCGGAGGGCACAGAGAUCUCUAUCAACUGUGAGCUUGUUCAUGCUGGUAAACGACUGGCGCUGAUGAGAGCGGAUAUCCGGCGGACGGAUACGGAUCAGGUGCUUGUUUUGGGAGAGCAUGAUAAGGCGAGCACGCCGAUGGAUGUGGAGGCGAAGCUGUGA